AUGCCUACCGUCAAGCGAUUCUCUUCCCAACCUACCUCCGAUGACAAUGCUGAAAGUGUCACUCGCGUUGACAAAUCCUCCGCCAUAGGGCCAGAGCGUGGCAAGCGCAAACGCGGGCGCGUCAACCCGACGCAACUUGCGCAUCUCGAGAGGGCGUAUGCUCAAGACCGCAGUCUUGAUGCUAGCCGCCGCAAGGAAAUUAGUGAGGCCCUCGGUAUGGACGAACGUCAGACGCAGAUAUGGUUCCAGAACCGUCGUGCCAAGGCCAAGUUGCUCGAGCAGCGAGCGCGCUUCCAGAAUUCAAGCGCCCCUGGAGCCUCGCUGGUCGAUUCCUCUUCUGCUUUGGGUGGCCCAUGCGCCGGCUUCAGUGGUUAUCCACCUGCGCCAUAUUUUCCUAAGCCAGGCGAACUCAAUGCAUUUCUACAGGAAGAAGAUCCCAUUACGAUCAUUCCUUGUUUAGACCUAGCAAUAGGAACUUGGAGACGCAUUCACUCCACCCCUGUCGACCUUGUAGCGUAUACAUGCGAUACACGACGGGUCUUGACGUGGUACAUCCAUUCGAGUGGCAUCGGAUUCAAGAUGAGGAUCCCUUACGACAGCAUUAGUUGCAUCGAAUACUAUCCUGACUUCAACCCUGGCAUGGGUCAAGACAAGGCUGUCAUUAUCCUCAAUAAGCCGCCUACAUACUUUCGUGAAGUAAAUUCUCAUGCAACCGGCACACCUCAGAAAUUAUGGCGACCCGCGCACGACUGGACGGAGGGCAUGCAAGCCUCCGUUUCUACUCGGCACCAGCUCAUAGGCAUCGCGGGCCAAUUGGCACAUAGUCUUCGAUCUUUACCAGGUGCGGCAACAAUGCUGAACGGCACGAUUAGCUAUCCAUCACCUCCCCUUUCAUUCUCAUCCUGUAAAAGCUCCUCACCCCCAUCGUAUGGACGUAUGGGCCAGCCAUCAUCAUCGGGGUCCACAAUAACUUCCGGAAACUAUCGUUUGGAGGGUUCCCGGUCACGGUCAGGUUCGCGGCCAACGUCCCCAUUUUCACCCAAUAACGUCCCCAACAUCGACGACACCGCCUCGUCGUACCCAUCCUCGACUUCAGUCUGCAACCCCUUCCCGCCCUCGUCUGAAGACCGUUCAACUUCUGCUACGGACUUCUCGCUUCUCCCUCAGCUGCAAAAUUCCAUGCAAAUGUCCUCAUUGCAGCAGCAAAGUGGCCGAUCUCUGAGCAUGUCUAGCAGGCAGAACUUGCCGCGAUUCAGUCACCUUGGUGUGGGAUUAUCGCCUGGCCCAUUCACUCCUUCCAACGCAGGUGGCCAGUCCCACAGCCUCCCAUCCCUCACCUCGACGGCGCAUCACUCUACGCUGCCACACCUGCCAUCUAUAAAUACACAUUCCUCCGAUGGGCGAUUGUCAUCCUCGUCGAGUCCCUCAGGGUUCGAUGCAGGGAUGGGUCUCAACUUGGGAUUGUUGUCUUCGAUCUCCCAAAUGGCAAUGGAAACGGCAUCAAUGGCACGUAUAAACAAUUGA